AUGGCUUUGCCUGCGUCUGCCUCUGCAGAAAUCGGGAGGUCACCGUCCACAUCAUCCACCGGCUCCGCUACUCAUAGUGAGGGUAAGCUACGAAUGGUGAGCAUUUUUGGAGGCGAGACUAUUUGCUUCGACUGGAAACCUGAUGAACCACAAAGGAAUUCGGAACUUGUGUCAAUAUUGUUUGAAGUCAUCGGACUUUGCAUAAAACGCCUUCCUUGUGCUCUGCCUACCAUCUUUGCCCAUUUGGACAAUGGCGCAUCUACUUUCAAUAACGUGGACAAAACAAAUCUUGAGGAAGUGAGAAGUGUUAUAGAUGACUUCAAUAAAGUGGCAGCUCCUUAUGCUAAACUUUGGAAAGGGCAGACCAAUCCGGCCUUUGAAUCAUGGAGUCAAGACAGAGCUGAUGUAGAGUUACUAACAAUAAUUUGCAGUCUUUCCUUCAGUCGUGCUGUUUCAAAUCCGCAGUUGCUCAACAACCAUUAUGCCCCUUUUAGUAGUGGGGUUUACGGCGAGACAUCGUAUGAGCAGAUGCAAUCAAUCAUUGACCAGAUAGGAUUUCGCGAAUCGGAUGUCUUUCUUGAUUUAGGUUGUGGGGUAGGACAGCUAGUGAUGUAUGUGGCUGGAGGGACUCGGGUAAAACGGGCUGUUGGAAUUGAAAUCAAUGAUCUGCCUGCUAAAUAUGGAGCGGCAAUGGGCGAAGAUUUCUCCAAGUAUCCUCCCACCCUCGCCUUAUAUUGA